AUGGAUCCAUGGAGUUCGAGGGUAAAUACACCUUUUUCACCUCCCGACAAUGAAGGCGCAGAUUCGGGGGACGUGAGCAUGGGAGAAGAGCAGCAGCAGUCCCAGCAGAGGCAUGCUCGUUGCAACUCCGGCAGCAAUAAUAGCAAUAUUCCUCGAGCAUGCCAGUCAUGCCGUGCCUCUAAAGUAAGAUGCGACCAGCCUAACCCUGGCAUGCCGUGCCUUCGGUGCCAGAAAUCCGGCAAGCCUUGCAUUGAUGCCACGAGUCAACCAGGGAAGAGACAACGGCAAUUGAACAACCGCAUUCUGGAGAUGGAAUCGAGAAUUGAAUCGAUGUUGUCGUCUGCAGAAUUGCAGGACAGCGCUGGGGAGAAGAACCCUCCCGCGGUCGGGAACACCGUCCAAUCCAGCCCUGUCCGUUCGCCUUCAGAAUUGUCGCACAACACCCAGCAACAUGAUCGGAAUCUGUCCGUGGUCAAUGGUAAUUCGGGGAUGGAAGAUCUCAAAUCUACCAUACAAUCAUGGCUAGACGACAACAUCACGGACCUCGAUGACCGUACCACCGAAACGAUCUUCGGUCGUUAUUUGACCAACAUGGCGUCCACAUUCCCGGUGGUCGUCUUUCCGCCAGGCAUCACGGCGGCCGACGUCCGAAGUGAUAACCCCGUUCUUUUCCUGGCUAUUCUCGACGUGGCGUCGUCGGGAUUCUGUGCGGUUGAAACCCAGAGGAAACUCCGGAAGCUAAUAGUCCAGGCAUAUGUGCAUUGCAUGCUCCGAACGGAACAAUAUACCCUCGGAUUGCUCCAGGCCUUGAUCGUGUCUGCCACAUGGUACCGCACGAUCGAGCCUGUCGAGCCUGGGGAACAAAUGGACAUUUACCAGAUCAGCCACACAGCAGCCAACAUGGCCUUGAUCAUGAGACUAGGGGAGAGUCUGAAUGCGAAAUCCUGGGGUAGCCCCAUGUUUCCCCGGCGGGAGAAGCAAAAGGGUCCUGGAAGCGCCUUCCAGGCCGAGUCGCUGGAAGCUCGGCGAGUAUGUACCUCCAUGUCCCUUCGCGCCCCGAACGUCAUGAGAUGGACCCGUCUUAUGGACGAAUGCCUGGAGGUAUUGGAGACUUCACCGGCGGCCCUUCCAUCCGACAAGCUUCUGUGUCGGCAUAUUCGGCUGCAGCAUAUUACCGAAGAAUUUGCGAUGCAAUUGUCCGCGGAGGAGACUUCUGCUCCCGAGAAAUCACGGGCUAUUCAGACCCAGGUGACACAUCGGGCUUUUAAACGGCAGCUCCACGAAUGGCGUAGGAACGUUGCUGAUGGUUGGGAUGCGAUGAGUGAUGAUGUUACCUAUGAAGACCGCUCGACUCCAUUACCCCCGAUUGUUGCAAUCGAGCCGCAUGCGAUCACCGAGUUUAUGGAAACGAUAGACAACAUCUUUCGCGUGUUCACCUCUCUGGAUAUGUCGACGAUUCGGGCCCUCCCCGCCAUGUACCUGAUCCGGAUAAUCUACACGUUCAUCAUCUUGGUCAAACUUUACUUCGCGGCAACCAAGCUACCGACUCAAGACACACUCUUGCCAGUCGACCGGCUCCAGGUCUCCCAGCGCCUCAAUCACGUUAUCCAGAUGUCAGCGGGAUGGGGCCCUCUGUGGCCCGCUACGAAACUCACCACCGUGUUUAUCAGAAUGCGGUCGUGGUUUGAAAGCGGGGAAGACGGCAAUCGACAGAGGUUGCAGCAGGCAGGGUCGUGGCUCACUCUGUGGGAGUUUAAGCCCCCGUCCCAGGACCGACACGCGCACUCCAUGAACAUGGUCGAAGCCGCCUCCGAUGAUGGCAGUUCACGAGGUCCGGCGUCCUGGGUCCCCUCGCUGGCGUCCACGGACGUGGACACCCUGCCCUUGCUCGAACCACCCCUCGGCACUGAUUUCUCGAUAGCCCCUCCUCCCUUUCAGUCAAUGUUCCGGGCUGCGGAGUCUUGCUUUCCUCAGAAGGAAGCUUCUGAUUUUAUGCAGGAAGGUGAUGUUCCGCUUGAUGCGGGACAAAGUCUCGGGGACAUGGCGGAUAUAGAACAGGCGGAUGACACUGCUUACAUGGGAUUUGACUGGAGCCAAUUGUCAAACAUGGGUUUUGAUUUGUACAACUUGGACGCGCCAUUCUCCCCGAUCCCGAAUCCUGGUUUUGAUUCGGAUGCAGUAAUGAAGGAGAAUUUCACAGAUAGAGACAAAUAA